GGAGCGAACGUAAGAAGAUUUUCUUCAUGUGCAUGACAUAGAAGAUGAACUUUUCCUCCUCCACCAAGAAUGAAGAACCUGAUGCUCUGUCAGUAGUUAACCAGUUACGGGAUCUAGCAGCAGAUCCACUCAAUAGAAGAGCCAUUGUCCAGGAUCAGGGAUGUCUGCCUGGCCUUAUUUUAUUUAUGGACCAUACCAACCCCUCUGUCGUCCACUCAGCAUUGCUUGCUCUUCGAUACUUGGCAGAGUGUCGUGCAAACACAGAAAAGAUGAAAGGAGAACUGGAUAUGAUGUUAAGCUUGCAAAAUGUUAUACAGAAGACUACAACUCCAGGAGAAAUAAAGUUCCUGGCCUCUGAAAUCUAUGACAUUCCUCAGUCCUCCAACAUGGCAGAUGGUGAUUUUAAUGAAAUGAAUUCUCAUCGAAAGAAAGCUCAGUUUUUUCUGGGAACUACAAACAAACGUGCCAAAACAGUGGUUUUACAUAUAGAUGGUCUUGAUGAUACGUCUCGGAGAAAUCUAUGUGAAGAGGCUUUGUUAAAAAUUAAAGGUGUCAUCAGCUUUACUUUUCAAAUGGCUGUUCAAGGAUGUGUGGUGCGAAUCCAUUCAGAUUUGAAAGCGGAGGCUUUGGCAUCCGCAAUAGCAUCAACCAAGGUCAUGAAAGCUCAGCAAGUUGUGAAAAGUGAAAGUGGGGAAGAGAUGCUGGUCCCAUUCCAAGAUACUCCUGUGGAAGUAGAAGAAAAUACAGAGCUGCCGGACUACCUGCCUGAGGAUGAGAGUCCCUCAAAGGAGCAGGACAAAGCAGUAUCCCAAGCACAGCUGCAAACGUUUUAUCCAGAUUAUUUUACUGGUGACUUCAACUUCCGUUUGGGGCUCAAGGACUGUCUGAACCAACAAGGGUCCAGUUUUCCAUUGUUGUGGUGA